UGUGGUGAUUUGUGUUAAAACUUAAAAGUUUAAAACCUAAAACUAAAAUAGUUCGUAAAGAGAAUACGGAAUACCUGUAUUAAAAUUGUACCAAUAAUACGUAUUGCAUUCAUAAAAAUUAAAAAAGCAUAACUUUGAAGUUUAUAGUGCAUUUUAUUGUUGGGUGUAAAUGUUUUAACUAAAUGUAAGAUAAAAAAGUGCUAGAAUAGAAGUGUUCUGUGUUCACGAUCUGACAGCUUUGCAAAUUGCAAACAGAAAUGGCUGACGAUCUAAGAAAUUAUAAUUUACAAUUGCAGCAGGUAGAAGCAGCUUUAUUGACUGAUCCACAAAAUGAAGAACUGUUGAAACUCAAAGCAGAUUUGGAAGAAGUAAUUGAAUUGACACAAGAUCUUAUUAAAACCCAGGAGGGUGAGCCCAUAGUUAAUAAUCAUAGUUCUAGUAAUAAUGAUGAUGUUACAGCUUCCCUGUUGGCUGCGGAGAGAGGUGAUGGAUCAAAUUUUCUGCUCAAUUGGCAAGUUGGAGAACGAUGUCUUGCAAAAUGGAGAGCCGAUGACAUGUUCUAUGAGGCUACAAUUGAAGAAGUUGGGCAAAAUAGUUUGAAAGUUAAAUUUGAUGGCUACACAAGCUUAGAAACAGUAUCAUUAAGGAAUGUCAAGUCAUUGGGAUCAGGCAACAAAAGGUCUCUGAGUGGCGAAGAUGGAAAGCAUGGCAAGAAUUAUAAUAGAGAGUACUUGAAAAAGAAAAAGCAGAAAAAACAACAAAGGUUUAAACAAAUAGAGGAGGAAAGGGAGACCGACAAAAAUAAGUGGCUCUCGUUCCACUCGAAGGCUUCUAAAAAACCUGGAAUCAGAAGUAAAAGUAUAUUUGCCUCACCUGAUAAUUUGGAAGGCAGAGUAGGUAUUGGAACAUGUGGUAUAUCAGGCAGACCAAUGACAGAAUACACUCAAGGUGAAAAGUGGAAAAAAGGAGGUUAAUACACCAUAGUAUAAUGUUAGCUUGAGUCACUAUUAUUUACAAUUAAUUGAAUUCUUAAUAAAAAUACUUUUACUACAA